UGUGUGAUCCUGACUGAGGCCAGGCUGAGUCUCCAGAAGAAAAUCAAUGACUUCUGCCACUUCCAUCAGCCUCCUAUCAGGGGUGAGACCUCUAGACCCUCCUAUCAGGUGAGACCUCUAGACCCUCCUAUCAGGGUGAGAAAUCUAGACCCUCCUAUCAGGGUGAGACAUCUAGACCCUCCUAUCAGGGUGAGAACUCUAGACCCUCCUAUCAGGGUGAGAACUCUAGACCCUCCUAUCAGGGUGAGAAAUCUAGACCCUCCUAUCAGGGUGAGACCUCUAGACCCUCCUAUCAGGGUCAGACCUCUAGACCCUCCUAUCAGGGUCAGACCUCUAGACCCUCCUAUCAGGGUCAGACCUCUAGACCCUCCUAUCAGGGUGGGACCUCUAGACCCUCCUAUCAGGGUGGGACCUCUAGACCCUCCUAUCAGGGUCAGACCUCUAGACCCUCCUAUCAGGGGUGAGACCUCUAGACCCUCCUAUCAGGGUCAGACCUCUAGACCCUCCUAUCAGGGUGAGACCUCUAGACCCUCUAUCAGGGUGAGACCUCUAGACCCUCCUAUCAGGGUGAGACCUCUAGACCCUCCUAUCAGGUUCAUUGGAUGUGACGCGUAUGGGAUCUGUGUGAGAGUGUUCUGUGACUUUGGGGACCAGUUUGAGGUGUCGGACCCCACGGGAGAGGAAGCCAAGGAGAUGUUUAUCCAGAACAUCACACAGGGUAACCCAGGGGUGGUAACCUGUAUGGACAGCAGGACCCACGGCCUCCAGACUGGACAGAGCGUUCUCUUCAGAGAGGUCAACGGCAUGGACUCACUGAACGGCACCGCACGACAGGUCACAGUCCUCUCUCCCUACAGUUUCACCAUAGGGGACACGUCCUGUCUGCAGCCCUAUGCACAUGGAGGCUUCUUCCUGCUGGUCAAAACCCCCAGAACAUACAGCUUCGAGACGAUGGAGCAGCAGCUGUCUGAGCCUCGGGUCCUGACUCCCGACUUCAGCAAACCAGAGGCCCCGCUGCAGAUCCACGCCGCCAUGCUGGCUCUCGAUGCCUUCCAGGAGCAACACAACAGACUGCCCAAUAUCGGGUGCUGUCAGGAUGCGGAGGUUCUGGUCAAACUAACAGAGGAAGUCAACCUCACCUUGACAACCAGAGCUCCAGUGAAUAGUGAGUUGGUGUGUUGUCUGUCCAGAACGGCGCAGGGUUCUCUCCCUCCGUUGUCCGCGGCGGUGGGGGGCAUCGCCAGUCAGGAGGUCCUCAAGGCCCUGACGGGGAAGUUCGCCCCGCUACAGCAAUGGUUCUAUCUAGAUGCCAUCGAGGUAGUGAAACCACUACAGUCUCUAUCUGCAGAGGAGUUUAUCCCCAGGGGUGAUCGGUACGACGGGCUGAGGGUCUGCAUCGGGGAAACCAUGUGUCUGGAACUCCACAAGCUGAGAGUCUUUAUGGUGGGCUGUGGAGCCAUUGGCUGUGAGAUGCUCAAGAACUUUGCCCUGCUGGGAGUGGGAUUGGCCAAGAGCUCAGGAGAGGUAGGGAUUGGUUGGUUGAUUUUGAUUAUUACCUGUUCUCUUCUGUGGUCGCCACGUGUGCAUGACAGACUGAUUGGUUAA